AUGGGUAGAGAAGAAGUUAUUGCUAGAGGUCUACCACUUCUAGAUGCAAUAUCAGUGCAGUUUUCUUUAUUAUAUUUCGUAAUUACAUCAUGGAUAGUAGAUUUUGGUUUGCUAAGAAUUUCUGAGAUGUUUCUUAUGCUAUGUCUGCCCUUUGAUAAACCUACAAUUUCUUCACGCUUAAAAGGUCGAAGCAGUGGGAUUUUAGAAAAAAAAAUAACAAAUUUGGUUAGAAAUUAG